AGCUGCCCCAAAAUGCCCUUCGGCACCCCAUAUAUAUUUUCGCAAGUAGGGUUUUCGUAUCACUCUCUCUCUGAAGAAUCCGCAGCACACAGCCGCAGCGGAGUUGUGAAGUCUCCAGCGGACUCAUCUCCCACCCUACCGAGCAACCAUGGCGAGAGGUUUGAAGAAGCAUUUGAAAAGACUCAAUGCCCCGAAACAUUGGAUGCUUGACAAGCUUGGCGGUGCAUUUGCGCCUAAGCCAUCAUCUGGUCCCCAUAAAUCAAGGGAAUGCCUGCCCUUGAUUCUUAUCCUGCGAAAUAGGCUGAAGUAUGCGCUCACAUACCGUGAAGUCAUUGCAAUCUUGAUGCAACGCCUGGUUCUUGUUGAUCAGAAGGUCAGGACUGAUAAGACCUACCCUGCUGGUUUCAUGGAUGUUGUUUCUAUUCCCAAGACAAAUGAGAGUUUCCGUCUCCUUUAUGAUACAAAGGGCCGAUUCCGACUGCACUCCAUCAGGGAUGAGGAGUCCAAGUUCAAGCUGUGCAAAGUUCGCUCGGUACAAUUUGGGCAGAAGGGUAUCCCAUACAUCAACACUUACGAUGGGCGUACAAUCCGUUACCCAGACCCGCUUAUCAAGGCCAACGACACCAUCAAAUUUGACCUAGAGGCACAAAAGAUAACUGACUUCAUCAAGUUUGAUGUGGGGAAUGUUGUGAUGGUGACUGGAGGAAGGAAUAGGGGCCGUGUUGGAGUGAUCAAGAAUAGGGAGAAGCACAAGGGAAGCUUCGAAACCAUUCACGUCCAAGAUGCCACUGGUCAUGAGUUUGCUACUCGCAUGGGCAACGUUUUCACCAUCGGAAAAGGUUCAAAGCCAUGGGUGUCUCUUCCAAAGGGCAAGGGUAUCAAGUUGUCCAUCAUUGAGGAGGCUAAGAAGAGGCAUGCUGCCCAAGUUGGUGCGGCUGCAUAAACUGCAAGAAUCACGAUUGGUUUCUGAUUCUGUUUCGCUCCUGAUAUGAAAGAGCUGGUUUUGUUUUGUCCUUUCUUUAUCGUAGCACAAUUUUAAACUGAUUUUGUUGCAAAUUUGGUUUGACUUUUUGGUUUCAUGAGAUGAUUUAUUUGCAGUGUUUAAGUUUGUCACAGUUAAGAUUUUAUUGGUGGCAUUUAGUAUUAUGGCAGGUUCCAGUA